CUACUACCUACACAACAAAGUUGAGUAGGGUUAUGUAAUUUCAGUUUGAACUGUGAAGUUUGUUUAUUUACAUUUACUUUUCUGUGAAAUUGUGUUGUUUCUUGUUUCUUACUUGAAAUUAAAGUUUUUCAAUAUGAUGGAAAUGGAAGUAGAAGAUAAUCGAGAAAAUCAUAGGGCUAGAAGCACUAGAGCAUUAAAUGGAACUGCUAUAAGAAGUACUCAAGAGAGAAAAUCAUUUUAUAGAGAGUUACUAAGCAAAGCCGAAGCUAUUGGUGAAUCCAAUAAUAUCGGACUCCAGACAGUAAACGAAAUCCACGAAAUCCUCCUAGAAGCAAACGAGCUGAACGGCGAAGUCUCAAUUGAAAAAAAAGUUGAAAAUGCAGACGAAACACUCUUGGACAGCAUGGUAAUUUCGUCGUCCAGUGAUUUAUUGAAAAAAUGCAUUGAAGCAGUCGAUGUUUUCACUGUUACCUAUGACGCUAAUGAGUUCGCAGACAAAAUCAAUUCUUUCAUGGCAACCAAUAAUGAAGAUGAAGAGGAAAUUACCGUUGACCAUACAAAACUAUUGGAUCAUGCAAGGGCAUUGAUACCAAAAGUACCAGAUUAUAAUAAUGUUUACGGAUCCUACGAUUUGAAUGCCUUGCCAGUGCCCAAGCAGAAAAAGGAACGCGUUAAGGCAGUUAAAGAACAAAUACAGAAAAAAGAACCUGAGAAAGUUGUCAAUUUGGAAAAAGAGGAAGAAGGAAUUGAGCUUGUGGUAAAGCAGCUUUCUAAUGUGCUCGAGGAAGCGUAUCAACAAAAUGGCGAAGAACCAGUGAACUAUUAUAGCUACAUUAUCGACACUGACAGUUAUGUUACAACUAUUGAGAAUAUGUUUUACUUUGCUUUUUUGGUCAGGGAUGGUAAAGCCAGUAUUGAUUUGGAUAAAAAUAAUGUGCCUGUCAUAAGGCCUAUACAUAAAAGAGAGUUGAAAAAUUUCAGGGACAAGAAUGGUAUCAAUGCUCAAAUUGUUUCCAAUAUUUCUAUGGGCACUUGGGAGAAAUACAAAAAAACUGGACUGUUGCAACGCAAAAAGCAAUCUAUGAGUCAACGAUAAUUUUAAGGAAAUUAUUUUUCUGCUAACAUUCCAGCAAACAAUUUUGUUUAACCAAAAAUUAUUUGUUUAUAAAAUAUGUACAUUUAAGUUCUGUUUAAUCAAUGAUCUGUUUAAUAAUAUAAUUUGAUGUUACAUAAUUUAAGUUAGAAUAUAAUAUGUAUUUUUGUAUUUCAAGUACCUAUCUUUGCAAGUGAUUUCUCAGGUACAAAACUGUUUAUAUAGAAAUAAAACAAAAAAUAAUUAUUUGUUCACAAUUUAUUAUAACAAAUUCAAAAAAUAAUAAUAAAUAAAUAUAAACCUAUAUAUCUCAUUUGUUGGUAACAAAAAAAUACUUAUAAACAUACACAAGUUAAGAGUCAUCAAAAGUCAUUCUUCCAGCUCCAUGGUUUUUCAUAUACCGCCUAUAUUGUUUAUACCUAUUACUUUCAGCUAAUUGUUUUUUAGUAAUUUCCUCUUGCUCCUCAAACCAUUCGUCAAAAUUUUCUUUAAUCCACAACCCCUUAUCCAAAAAUUCUUGUUUCUUUUCAUCUUCUUGCGAGUCGAAUUGGUGCUGGCCCAUUUUUAAAAAUUUCCUUAUUAUGUAUAGUUUCUCCUCUUCAUUGAAGGGCUGUUUGAGAACUGUAUGCCUCCAAAUCCAAGAACAGUACCAAUAAAUAUAUAUUGCAAUGGUAUAAGGUAAAAUAAGUAACUGAAUCCAAACUAAAUCAGUUAUUUUGGGUUUGGCAUAAGCGCCUUUAAUAUCCAUUUUAUCUUCAAUAACUUUUUUGAUUAUUUGUUCUAUAUCUUCUUUGGAAACCUUUUGCUUUUUGCCACCUUUUCUCGAAUUAUCCGGCAAUAAGCCUUCUUGUUUGGCAAUAUCCUGAGCUCGAUUUCUAUACUUUGGUAUUGUACUGAAGUAAGUAAUUGCAGUGUCGUAUCUCUGCCAUCCAGAGUAAUACUGUAUAAUUGAAAUAAUGGAUAUAGUUACUACAAUAACGAUUCUUACGUCGACUUUUGGGGCCACUCGUCGCCGGUAAUAUCUAUAGUAGUGAGCGUAAUACUGAUCAGGAUUGUCCAGCAUGUAAUCAUAAUCAGUCCUGCUCUCUUCAUCUUUGAUUAUUUCAUAAGCGUUAGCUAAUGCUUUGAAUCGCUCUUCUGCUAGUUCUUUGGCUUCCUUUUCCCGAUGUAAAUCUGGAUGGUAUUGUCUAGCUAACCGUCUAUAACUUCUGGCAACUUCACUUUUGGUGGCUUCUCGUGUGACUUGCAGCACAUCGUAACAGUUUUCUUUGCCGCAGUAAAUACCUUCAAGUAGUGUGGAUUCUGCAGAGUAUAGCAGGCUCAGAAUGUAGAAAAAGGUUGCAGUUGAUUUAAAUAACAUAUUUUUUGUUUUUGAAGCAACAAUUUGUGUAUUUGUAUCGGUUUGCUGACAUAAACAGGGACAAAUUAUAUUGAGAAAGGCGUCUUCAUUGUGAAUAUGUUAACUGGGCCGCGGUAUAAUACGAAUUCGAGCUUCGCGGACCGAUUUCGAGAGGCAAGUACUUUUUAAAUUCGGUAAAUUUGGGGACGUCGACCAUUCGCCAAAUCCGAUAACCAACCACAAAAAAAAUUAAAAAAAUGUCAAUUUUUUGACAGACACGUGCAAUCA